AGAACCCUUUAGCUUAGAUGAGACAAACGGGGUCAUCAGUCAGCAUUUGAAAGUUGUUUCCGCAUUCUUCGUUUUGAAAGAUGGAGGAUGAGUAAUUGUCUACCGUAAUUUAGUAGUCAGACAUUACUUAUUAAUGUUAGGUACUUAACUUAUUAGUUACUUCUUUCCAAUUCUUCUUUUAUUGUCGUAGAUUAUUUUGAACCUCAAAAUUUUAUUAGCCCUUUAUUCCUGGAAGCCAUUCAAUUAACAGGACGACAUCUUUGCCAUUUAUACGCCGCUCUCCGAACCGUACGUUGCGACGUAAUCCUAUAACCACCUUGAACCAAUUUCCGAUAUCCUUAGCGAGCGUUAGAAAAUAAAGAACACUCAUUAGACUAUAUUAAAAUAAAAGAAAAAAAAUCGCCUGUCAUGCCGUCCGCCCUCAUCAACCAUAACAAGUUCGACGGCAUACCCGAAACAAUUGCCGCUUUUCGCAAUGGCGAAUUCAUAGUCGUUAUGGACGACCCCGGUCGCGAGAACGAGGGAGAUCUGAUCAUAGCUGGCGACAGCAUAACAACCGAGAAGAUGGCUUUCAUGGUUCGGCAUACGUCCGGCUUGAUUUGCGCACCUAUCACACACGCCCUUACCGAAUCUCUCAAGUUACCGCAGAUGGUGGAAAACAGCGAAGACCCCCGCGGAACUGCUUACACAAUUUCCAUCGACGCUGCCGACCCUUCUGUUACGACCGGUAUUAGCGCCCACGACCGGGCUCUAACAAUUCGACAGCUCGCAGACCCCAACUCUACCGUCGCUAGCUUUCGGCGUCCGGGCCACGUGUUUCCCCUGCGCGCGCGCCCAGGCGGCGUUCGAGCCCGAAGAGGGCAUACAGAAGCUGGCGUGGACUUCUGUAGAUUAGCUGGAAAGCCAGAAGUCGCUGCGAUCUGCGAAAUAGUCGAAGAUGGAGAAGAGGUCGCCGGAGCGGCCGUGCGAGAACACCCGGGGAUGAUGAGGGGUGAAGGAUGUAUCGCAUUCGCAAGGAGAUGGGGACUGAAAGUCUGCACAAUCGAGGACCUAGUCGACUACAUAGAAAAGACCGAGGGUAAAAUCGACGCCAACGGGAGUUCGUAGUGUCGCCUCUGAGAUUUGGAUACGAAAAGGGAUAUUCUGAAUAUAGAUCAAUAAAGGCGCAACUCCUCCCGUAAGACCGCCCGAUGUGGUUGGGGAUGUUGUAGAUGAUGGUAGGAAAGAAAAGCACCAGUUGAGAAGAUGUGAAGAUGAGGUAUAUUUACUUGGAUUACGCCGGGUUUGCAUAGAGAAAAUAUGGACAGCGUCACAGUCACAACUCCGAAAGUUACCUUACAUUGUAUUACACUGCACGGAUCUGAUAUCCGAGUUGAAAUAAAGCGUCGUCGAAUCCACGCAGUUUACGUUUACGUUAAUUCAUGCAUACAUACCUCCUGACACAGUCUUGUAUAAAUUGCAUUAAGAGCAUGGUAGAAUUAUAGAAUACUCUUCAAGAGUUAAUAUUAACAACUACCUUCUAACCCUAGGCAGCAUAAAAACUAUCUAUCAAUGGCAG